UUGGCUCAUAAUUUGCUUCACACUCUCACUGUCCCAUCCGCCUUAGCAAUUAAUGCUCUGAAAUAAAUUAUUUCAUUUCCAAUGUUUAUAUAUACGAGUAGUAUUUUUCACAAUUUUAUUAUAUCUCUAUCUAUAGAUUUAGAUAUAUAAUAUUUAUAAGUAAAUAAGCACUCUAGCUAAUUUUUGUAUCUAUCUAGGGUUUAUAUAUCAUUUAUAUGGCUGGUGCAGCUGGUGGUGGUUCAUCAUCAUCGUCAAAUUCGUUUUGUUUUCAAUGUAAAGAUUUAACUUUCAGUUCCAUGAGAAACGGUUGGAAGCUUCGUAAUGGCGAACGGGCUCACCUCUGCUAUGGCUGCGCUUGUGUUUAUGAGGAAGGGCGGUUCUGUGAAACAUUUCAUUCAAACGAUGAUGGAUGGAGAGACUGUGAAUCGUGUGGACAGUUGGUCCAUUGUGGAUGUGUUGUGUCAUUUAAUCAAUAUUUUCUUCUGGAUUUUGGAGGGGUGAUUUGCAGAGAAUGUUCGAAGAAAAAUCUCAUUUUGGCACGAAAUCACCGUUAUGCACGAGAAUUUCAAACAGAUCCAAUUGAUGUGCCGGAUCUUGCCAAGCGAGUACGAAUCGAGCCGCAUUACUGGUCCGAUGGCAUUGAUUCAGAGAUGCAACGUGUCCCUACAACCACCAAGUUUGCUCUUAAACCCUUGUUUGAAAAAGUAUUGACUCCUAGUGAUGCUGAUGUCAGAUUAGGUCGUGUGGUUAUUCCAAAGAGAUUCGCUGAGGCGUUUCUCCCAGAACUUUUUGAACCUAAAGGGGUGAUGAUGAAUAUCCUGGACAUGGAAAACAAAGAAUGGGAGUUUUCUUUCCGUUAUUGGCCUAGUUGUGGUAGCAGAACAUACAUCUUGGAAGGGCUCAAAGAUUUUCUGUCUUCAAGGAAAUUACGAGCAGGCGAUACAUUGUCAUUUUAUCGACGGGAACCAGGGGGAAAGAUCGCAAUUGGGAUCAGAAAGACUUCUGUUAAGUCUGUUGUAAAUAUAUGCAGGUAUCCACAUGAUGUGGUGAAACAACAUAUUCAUCCAGCAGCAAGCUUUUUGAAAUCUGUGUAGCUAUAGGCUAGUGGCUACCUUGCUGCGAAGUACAUGCUGUCAUCUAUACAUAACCGCCUCCAGUUGUUGCAUUGUAAAAUGGUAUUUGCGCUUUCAAGUUAGAGCGAUCAACAAGACGAACCAAUCUUUAUUUUAUUCAAAAAAAGAGAUUGAUAGAAAAGCAAUGGGAGUUUCAAUUGUUGGUUUAUGAGGAUUUCUUUCUUGAAAGUGGAAAUAUGUGCGAUGAGAGAAAUGAAUGACCUUGUUUUGUAAAAUCUCAACAAUACAUGCGGUAUGCUAUAUGAAUGAUUAGUUACUUGGUUUAAAAGGUAGAAA